GUGCGAUGCAUUGCUAGCAACGAUCUGUCCAACUAGCUCGAACAAUUUCUACAUCGAACUGUCGACGAAUAACCUGCGACGCCCUACGACCGCGGCCAUGAAAGAAGCUGCCAAGUCCGAAGCCGUGCUGCCGGCAACGAAGGAGAUGGCAUUAUCCUCCGGGAUACUCUCCGAGCUCCCAUCCAUCCCGCAAAGGCGACCCCUGGGCGAGCUCACCCCGUCCGGAUCAGACACCUUCGAUUUCGGGUCCAAUCCCAGCUCGCCGACCGUGCACAAAGCCCCCGAUAGUGACGCGGCGGACUAUAUGAAUGGGGGGUUUCCCCACGACAAUGCCUCGACCCUCUGGCAGAAUGGCGAAACCAACCCGCCAGGCUCGAUGGUCCCGGGAACCUUGUUGAGCCCCGACCCCAUCCCCUUAACAGCCGAACCCGCCGAAAUACCCUCGCCUCCGCCAGGCCGACGAAGCGUCCAGUUCGCCCGCAAUGACAUGGUGGUGGAGACGCCGAGCCACUCGAGGAACGCGUCGUGGGAUGCAAAGGACGCCAUCGGCAAGCUCAGGGGCUCGGCGAUCAUGUCCAAGCUGAAGGAGCUGGCGGCGCUGAGCACGACACCGGGGCCCAAGUUGCCGAGCGGGCCGGCCAUGUCGGAGCUAGGAUCCACGACCAGCUCGCCUACGGCGACUCGGCAGAGCUCGCGAGUCCUGGGCAACGUGGACGAGGACAGCGAGGACGACGCCGAUGCCGAGGAGACCGCCGACGAGGCGGCUACCGAGGACGCCGCCAAGGCGAGGAAGAAGAAGCGCCGGAUGCGGAGGCCGAGACCGAACGCCAUGUCGACCCCCGCCACGCCGAAGCUUACGGCGGCAGAGACGGAUACACCGACGGGAAACAGCCGUCUGAAAUUUAUGAGGCGGAAUACCAUGCCCGGUACGACGGACCAGCGCGGGGGAAUGUCCGAAGGAGAGGGCCGCGACCACCUGGCUAGAGGGCGGGGAUCCCUCCCUUGGAUGUCCAGCAGGGGUGACGAUGUUGACGAGGCGGAGAGCCCCUCCGGUCGGAGGAUAGGCCACCUCAGGCGAAUAUCCGUCUUCGGGAGCGGAGGCGGGGCGGGAGGGUCAGACGGGGAUACACCUCGAAGGCCGUUCUUCACGGGGGAGAGAGCCUCUACGUUCGGCGUGCAGAAAUGGCGCCAAGUGAAGAACACCCUUAAGCUCCUACGGCAAAAGAAGGACGAGCGAUUCGACUACUACAAGUCUGCCGAACUGAUGGCCGAGCUGCGAGCCGGGGCCCCCGCCGUGCUCAUGCUUGCCAGCAUGAUCCAGCGAGACGAGCACGGGAACAAACGGAUACCCGUCCUCCUGGAGCAGCUGAAGGUACGUAUUCGGGAUAGCACCCCGGUGCAGGAGGGAGACAGCGAGAGGCACUGGCUCUUCACCAUCGAUUUGGAGUACGGAAGCGGCCCUAGCAGGAUGACGUGGACCGUCAAGCGCACCAUCAAGGAAAUCCUGAACCUGCACUGGAAAUACAAGCUCACGCUGGGCAACGAGAAAUACCUCCCCAGCCGCCUCGACCUCGGCGCUCGGCCCAAGCAGCCCAGGUUCCCGCUCUCGGCCUUCCCGUACCUGCGAGGCGUCCGUGGCCUAGACGAGGACGAGGAGGCUGACCAGGCCAGUGUGCGAGCGGCUGAUGAGACGGCUGGCGAGGGCACGGGCGGCGAAGGAACGGCUGCAGAGAACACCAUGACCGAGAACGAGGGGAGGCCGACGCCGAGAAAGAAGCGGUCGCGCAUGAACGUCCUCGCAGGGCGGCGGAGGCCGUCAGUCUUCGGGGACUUUGGUGGCUCGACUGCAGACGUGACCUCUUCGGCGCUCGACCCGAUUGUUGCGAGGAGGCGAUAUGUCGAACGGCAGCAACGCAUGUUGGAGAAAUACCUGCGGGAGAUGAUCCGGUGGCUCAUGUUCCGGGCAGACAGCAACCGCAUAUGCCGCUUCCUCGAACUCUCCGCUCUCGGCGUGCGCCUCGCCGCCGAGGGCAGCUACCACGGCAAGGAAUGCUACCUCCACAUCCAGUCGUCCAAGGGGAUCGACUUCCGCCGGGUUCUGACGCCCGGCAAGGUGAUCGCCAGGCACACGCGCAAGUGGUUCCUGGUCCGCCAGAGCUACAUUGUCUGCGUCGAGUCUCCCGAGAACAUGAACAUCUACGACGUCUACCUCGUGGAUUCCAAGUUCAAGAUUAUUUCUAAGAAGAGUAAGCUCCGACAGAUCACCGCCCCGAAGAGCGAGGAAGAAGAGAUCGACCUCACCGUCGAACCGCCACUCGAGAAGCACCACACCCUGAAGCUGCUCACCUCGGAGCGCAAGGUUAAGCUCUUCUCUCGCAACCAGCACAUCAUCCGCCAAUUUGAGGAGUCCAUAACCGAGAUGCUCAAGGGCACGUCGUGGCACCUGAGAAACAGGUUCGGCAGCUUUGCUCCCGUCAGGACCGGCGUCCAUGCCCAGUGGCUGGUCGACGGCCGUGAUUACAUGUGGAACGUCUCCCGGGCGAUCAACAUGGCCCGAGACGUCAUCUACAUUCACGACUGGUGGCUGAGCCCGGAGCUCUACAUGAGACGGCCGGCCUGCAUCAGCCAGAAAUGGCGCCUGGACCGUCUCCUCCAGCGCAAGGCACGGGAAGGUGUCAAGGUCUUCGUCAUCGUCUACAGAAACGUCGAGGCCGCCAUCCCGAUCGACUCGGAGUACACAAAGUUCUCCUUGCUCAACCUGCAUCCCAACAUCUUUGUGCAGCGGUCCCCGAAUCAGUUCAAGAAGAACCAGUUCUUCUUUGCGCACCACGAGAAGGUCUGCAUUGUCGACCACGACGUCGCGUUUGUUGGCGGUAUCGAUCUGUGCUUCGGACGCUGGGACUGCCCCCAGCACCCCGUUGCCGACGACAAGCCCACAGGAUUCGAGUUCCAGGACAGCCCGAAAGACGCAGAGCACUGCCAGCUCUUUCCCGGGAAGGAUUACUCCAACCCACGGGUUCAAGACUUCUUCAGGCUCAGCGAGCCAUACGAGGAGAUGUACGACAGGAGCAGGGUACCUCGUAUGCCCUGGCAUGACGUCUCCAUGCAGGUCGUCGGGCAGCCGGCGCGAGACUUAACCCGCCACUUCGUGCAGCGGUGGAACUACGUCCGGCGCGGCCGCAAGCCGACCCGCCCGACCCCCUUCCUACUCCCCCCGCCAGACUACAAGAGGGAAGAUCUGGACGCUCUGGGCCUCUCGGGCACUUGUGAGGUGCAGAUCCUGCGCUCCGCAUCCACGUGGUCUCUGGGCAUCGACGACACGGAAGUCAGUAUCCAGUCCGCGUACAUCAAGAUGAUCGAGGACUCGGAGCAUUUCGUCUACAUUGAGAACCAGUUUUUCAUCUCCAGCACCGAGACCUUGAAUAACAAGAUAGUCAACCGCAUCGGCGAUGCCAUAGUCGCCCGGAUCCUGCGGGCCCACGAGAACGACGAAGACUGGCGGGCCGUCAUCAUCAUCCCGCUGAUGCCGGGAUUCCAGAACGAGGUCAACGACCAAGACGGCACCAGCAUCCGCCUGAUCCUCCAGUGCCAGUACCGCAGCAUCUGCAGGGGCGAGCACUCCAUCUUCGGCCGUCUCCGCGCCGCGGGCAUCGACCCGGAGGACUACAUCCAGUUCUUCAGCCUGCGGCAGUGGGGCAGGAUCGGGCACAACGUGCUCACCACCGAGCAGCUCUACGUCCACGCCAAGGUCAUCAUCGUCGACGACCGCGUCGCCCUGAUCGGCUCGGCGAACAUCAACGAGCGGUCCAUGCUCGGCAACCGCGAUUCCGAGUGCGCCGCCAUCGUCCGCGACACGGACAUGAUCUGGUCCACCAUGGCCGGCCGGCCGUACCUCGUUGGCCGCUUCGCCCACACCCUGCGCCUGCGUCUCAUGCGGGAGCAUCUGGGGCUGGAUGUCGACGAGAUCCUCGAGGAGGAGCGGCAGGCAGGCUUGGAUCGCGAGACCGAGUUCACGUCUGAGAUGGAUCGUAUAUAUAAUGACGAGGACUCGGAUGUGGAUCCGCUCGCCGAAAGCUCGAGGCGGAACGAGUCGGGGGGGUUGGCAGAUCCGCCCCUGCUGAGAAGGCAGUCUAGCUUCAACCACGACGUUGACCUGGUCGAGAGCUACGACGGACGGAGGUCGCCUUCUGUCAAAGGCAAGUCUGUCGAGCGGGACAUGCGAGUAACCGACACUGAGAAGCACAAGCGGGAGCUCGAGGGCUACGGCGUCGAUCGCUGGAAGUCUGCAGAGCGCGAGGGGCUGGACCAAGGGAGAGACUCAGUCAUCAUCAAUGACAGCGAGGUGCUCGUCCGCAGCGUCUCUCCCGAGGGCAGAGGCACCCUGGACAACCCCAAGUUUGAGCACACGUCUCGCUCCCCGUCCAGGGUUAUAUCUCCGGAUGGUCGCGCUGUUGGAAACCAUGGCGCGCCGCCCAUGCCGCCGUUCGAUAGGCGAACAACGGAACAGCUUGGGCUACCCCGUGCCAACCAGCUGCCCACCCUACCGGUAUUGGACGAUACAGACAUCGGCGGUCCGCCUGCGUAUCUCGACAUGGCGAACAAGCCGACCAACACGCCGCUAAACCCGCUCACGAUGGACGUCCAACCCGUCGCAGUGCACAAAGACUCGAUGCGCGACCCCCUAAACCAGUCGUUCUACGACGACAUCUGGUCCAAGACCGCGGAGAACAACACCAAGAUCUACCGCCGCGUGUUCCACUGCAUGCCCGACUCGGAAGUCACCAACUGGGCCGAAUAUAAAGAGUUCAAGUCCCUCGCGCGGCGCUUCAAGGAGAGCAUGGACGGCAACCGCACGAGCGACGAGCACGACCAGAAGCCCGCCACCCCGCCGAAACAGGCUGCCGCGGGCGGCGCGGGCAUCGGCGCUCCCGGACCGGCGGCCGCGGCCAAGGCCGUUGUGACGGAGAAGAUUACGCACGGCAAGGAUGGCGGCGACAAGCCCGUUGGACACGACUUGGAUGAGAAAGCCACGGUGGCGGCGGCGAGGGGCACCGACGAACACGCCAAGCCGAUGGCCGAUCCGGAGAAGCGAGGCGUGCUGCCCGAGGAGGGAGAUGCCUCCCCCCCUGGCGUCGACGGAACGCAGCGGCCAAGCGGUGCUGCUAACAAGGGCGAAGCUAGGCCCAAUAGCAACAACAGCAACAGCCGCAAGGAUCGACGCACGACGUUCUCGACGCCCGAGAAACCCCGCUCUCCGGCGCCCCCGCUCCCGCCCCCCCCGGGCAGCGCGCAGGGUAACGGGAACGGGAACGGUGACGGCGGCUCCAAGGCGGCGGCGGCGGGCUCGCAGAGGCGGGGCCGGCGGCGGGCGGCGACCAAGAGCAGCCGGCGCGGCGGUGGGACGGACGAGGUGCUCGGGCGGGCCGAGGCGGAGGAGCUGCUCGGGCACGCGCAGGGUACGCUCGUGCAGUUCCCCUACGACUGGCUCGUCGUCGAGGAGACCAACGGGAACUGGCUGUUCCAGGUCGACCAGGUUGCGCCGCUGCAGAUUUAUAACUAGGUUUUGUUACCAUAAAGAAAAUACGAACGUGGGGACGGGUCGGAAGUGGCAGAUUGUACGAUGUUGUGCUUGGAAAGAGGCGUUCCCUUCGCCUCUAUGUAAGGGUCUCAACACGACGUAGACACCUAGCUGGAAGCAUUCAAUGGUUGAGCAUUUGCCAAAAGCCCUUAUUGAUGCUUUCUGCCAGAAAAGCAUUGCAGCGUCUUUCCUUCUCUUUUCCUUUCUAU